AUGCUAACUUCCAGUGAUUCAUUCUCCAUCUGUGAUGCCUGUUUGGGUCCAGACAAACACCUCAAAAUGAUGAAGCAUCCUAACGGAGAAGAGUGCAAGUCUUGUACUCGCCCUUUUAUGGUCUACAGGUGGAACUCGAGCCUCUCAUCGCAAAAGGCAAAGAAGACUGUGAUUUGCACCACCUGUGCACGGUCCAAGAACUGUUGCCAGAGCUGUAUGCUUGAUAUUAACUUCCACAUUCCCCUUCAUAUUCGAGACACUGCCUUGAAGAUGGCAGGCUUGCCUGCCAUUGGCAGCGGAGCCGUUGAAGCGUCCAAGAACAGGGAAAGAAAGGCAAUUUUGGCGGACAAACAGGAACAGGCCUUUGGGUCCAAGCAAGAGGAAGACCAACAAGAACUAGCCAGGAACAUCUUGACAAAGUUGGCUGAACGGCUCAAUGACGCCCCCAGCUUCAAAAAGGCACCCAAGAGCUUGAGGCCAGAUGAAAGCAAGCUCAAGAACAUCGAUGUGUCUAAGAUUUUGGCCAAAUUGCCAUUUGGAGGACUGCUCGACAAGGAGACCAGCAAGGGAACCACUUCCUUCUUCCUAUUUGGCGUAGGAGAUGACGUGCCGCAAUACUUAAUAACAGACAUGUGCAAUUCCUACGGCAAGAUAAAGUUGUUGAAAAUCAUACACAAGGCUAGGUGUGGAUACGUAUCGUUCACUACCAGAGAGGCUGCAGAGGCAUUUGCCGACUCAAUCAACGCUAAUGGUCUCAACAGCAAUAAGAGCACAGCAGGUUUGGUGCUCUUGGACAACAGGCAUCCAAUGAGAGUGGCAUGGGGUAAGCCUAGGCCAUUGGGGGUCACCAACGAUGAGCACUAUAAAAUCAGCUUAGUUGUGGAAAAAGUGAUGAAGCAAUUGGCUGAAAAAGACAGGGAAGCCAAUUCAGGGCCCAAGAAUGUUGCUAAGACAAUGUUUCUUUCUUAUUAA